GACUUAGAGAACUGUCGUCCAUGCUUGUUUAGCGUUAGUAGAGAAAGUGGUUAAGUUUUCAGACAAAUAUGGCAGCAGUAGACGGCGCUGGGUUCAAUUUGGAUGAGGACGUUGGUGCUAAAAUAAGUGGAUUUCGCAAGGAAUACGACAAUGACCGCGAUGGCCGAGAAGAUUACGGUGACCGCUCAAGAGAUAGAGGUGAUAGAGGCAGAGAUCGACGGCGCAGGUCCAGGUCAAGAUCAAGAAGUCCUAACAGAGACAGAAGAAACUUUGGUGGUGGAAGGGACAGAUAUCGAGGGGGAAACAGGUCCCCCUCACCACCACGGAGAAGGAGAAAGAGGGAAAGCUUAUGGGACAGGCCUCCAAUUGGAUAUGAGCAUUUGACACCUGCACAGUACAAGGCUAUGAGAGCUGCUGGUCAGAUACCAGUCAAUGCAGGUGGUCCAGUCCCAGGGGGCACCGUAAGCAGUUUGCCACAAGGAAGUCAGAUGACAAGACAGGCUCGUAGAUUAUAUGUUGGAAACAUUCCUUUUGGUAUAACAGAGAACCUGAUGAUAGAAUUCUUCAAUGCCAAAAUGCAAGAGGCCAAGUUAAACACAGCACCAGGAAACCCUGUCAUUGCUGCACAGAUCAACUUGGAGCAAAAUUUUGCCUUUAUUGAGCUUCGUUCAGUUGAAGAGACCACUCAAGCUAUGGCUUUUGAUGGAAUUAUUUUAGAGGGCCAAUCAUUGAAAAUUAGAAGGCCUAAGGAUUACCAACCUAUUCCAGGAAUGUCAGAAACAGCCACAAUUCAUGUGCCAGGUGUUGUUUCAACUGUUGUGCCUGACUCUCCACACAAGAUUUUCAUUGGAGGUUUGCCAAACUACCUUAAUGAAGAUCAGGUUAAGGAGCUGUUGGCAUCAUUUGGUGAGCUCAAAGCCUUUAAUCUUGUGAAAGACAGUGCAACAGGCCUCUCAAAGGGUUAUGCUUUCUGUGAAUAUGUGGAUCUGAACAUUACAGAUGUGGCUAUCACUGGACUCAAUGGCAUGCAGCUCGGAGAGAAGAAGUUAAUUGUUCAGAGAGCAAGUGUGGGAGCCAAGACCAACAUGAAUAAUCCUGAUGCAAUAAACAUGAUUCCAGCCCAGAUGCAAAUACCUGGUCUUGACCUGUCAGCCAAUCUACACAACAGUGCUACAGAAGUUCUGUGUCUAAUGAACAUGUUGGACAUAGAAGAACUCAUGGAUGACGAGGAAUAUGAAGAAAUUUACGAAGAUGUUCGCGCAGAAUGUUCAAAGUAUGGCACAGUCGUCAGCCUUGAAAUACCAAGACCUGUGGAAGGUUUUGAACCACCUGGCUGUGGGAAGAUAUUUGUGGAAUUCGGGUCAUCAGACGACUCUAAGAGCGCUGCCCAGGCCCUGGCCGGCCGCAAGUUUGCUAACCGAGUGGUGGUGACGUCAUUCUACGCUCCAGAAAUGUAUCAUAGGAAGGAGUUCCAUUAGUUGAUGACGUCAUACUGCCGUUUAAAGCUGAACCGACAGUUCAACACCCUGUCCCUUUGAUAAUAUGAAGUCUUUUUGUUUUACAACUCUUGUUUUAGAGUGCUUUUCGAUCAAGCUUCUUAGAGCCAAAAACCAAACUACAACAGCCUAUCCGAACAUUCAUUAAGGUAAAUACUCGAAUAAGCCAAUGAGAUUUUCCACGUAAUACAUUUAACUGGCUUUUGACGCCGAAAAAUGAGAAAUAUCGAGUUGUAGCGGGUUUUAGUUUUACAUCUGAUCGAUGUGCAUUCAGGAACACAUUUGUUUGCUUAAGUUUGAAGAGAAUAAUACAACACUUUCAAGAAAGAGAAAAGUUCAAGGCUGAGAAGUUGAACUUCGACAGAUGCAAUUUUGUAUAGGAAUGCGAUCGAUGGCUUUUUUAAAAAAAAAAAUUCUUGCAGUUCAAUCGGCGAAGUAGCAGAUUAACGAAGCUAGAGUUCGGAAAGUGCUAUUGACUUUCUACAAGUGAGUUACGUUUUUCUUUAGAAAGCGCUAUCUUCUAGUUUCUUUUGCAGACGUUUUCUUUAUAAUUUAAUGGCCACCCCCGUGAAGUUUUUAUAACUGACAUCUACUGAAGCUCAGCAAGAAGUAGCGAAACCUAAGCAAGCGGAUGGUUCAUAUGUUCCUGAAGCAUGUUACGAUGUGUCGUAUGAUCAUGUUUUUAACUCGUAUGCUGAUUUGUUGAUGUGCUUGGAAAUACAACAUCACAAAAGUGUUUUUCCUUUGUUCUAACCUGCUCCUUUAUAUUAACUGUGAAGGUGGUCUUGAUAGAGCCUGCCUGUUGGUUAUGGGUGACUGACUGGCUGACUGAUGUUGAGAACGCCAUCACCAACCCUGAAUUUUCAAAGUCGUCGUUUUUUAGUUCUUGUCUUAAACUCGGUUACCUUCA